CAGUUUACGAAGCCAAAUAUAUUUUUGAAUAAAAAAGAACGCAUGGUUUACUCGAAAUCAUGUCUUGCCCAGGAUUAUUUUUUAAGGCGUUCAACACGCUCAACAACCCUCUAUUUAUCAACAGGGUUAUUAACGUAAACCAGGUGGCCGUGGCCGGUUUAAAACAAAACACCAAAGACCUGCUGGAUAAACUAAACAUCCCCGAAAAACCAAAGAGGCCCUUGACGGCGUAUUUGAGGUAUUUAGCUGAGCAUAGGCCAGUUGUAACGAGGGAGAAUCCAGAUUUGAAAGCCAAAGAUAUCGUGAGAAAAUGCGCGGAGGACUGGAACAAACUGCACGACUCGAUUAAGGAAAAGUUCGCCGCUGAGUGGAAGGUGGAAUCUGAGUCGUAUGACACCAAGUUGUUGAAGUAUAACGAGUCUCUGACGCCGGAUAUGAGAGAUGCCUUAAAAAAGGCCACCAAAGAACAGAAGUCCAAGAAGGAGAGGAGGAAAUUAAAAAAGCUUUAUAGAGAACAUAACAAGCCAAAAAGACCCUUAACAGCCUAUGCCUUGUACCUGACUGAUUUAUGCAAACAAGAGGGAAAGCAUCUGAGAGAUAUUUUUGCAGAAAAAAAACAAGCGUGGUCGACAUUACCGCAACAAGAGAAAGACAAAUAUCAGGAUAUGUACAUAAAAGAAAAGGUUAGGUUUGAAAAGGAGUUGGCAGCUUGGGAAAAAAAGAUGAGAGAAGACGGUCAUGAGGAUUUGGUUGGUAAAAAGGAGGAAGUAAUUCCUGCAAGCUUGAUGAAAAUGAAGAAGGAGAAGCCGAUAAAGUCUUCCAAAAAAUAGGGGGACGAGUGCUUUCAGUCCAAAAUAACCACCUCCGUGGAUGAAGGCACUAAUGUAAAUAACAUUGAAACAUUAAAAAAGUCGGAUCGAGAAUCUCAUCUGCAGGAUAGUUCUUUUGUUUCAAAGGAUCGGAUAAGUGAGGUGGAAAAUUUGAAUGUUAAAGAUGAGGGUUUGAAAGGGGAGAAGAAAGGCGGUAUUCUUAAAAAACUCACUGACAUAUUCAAAUUUUAAUAAAUAUUAUAUUUUUUUGCCAUACUUACUAACCCAGUAUAUUUCAGUUUUUUUUGUUUUUAAAUAAAACGGUUUUAGU